UUCACAGCGGCAGCACAAUCUGGCCGAGUGAUAGUCGCGGAGCUGGCAGCGCUGCCGGCCACGGACAGGUGCUGGCGUCUGCGGGGAUGGAGGAGGUGGAGGUGCCCGAAUACUACCGGGAGGAGGAGGACGACGAGGACGAGGGGGGAGAAGAAGAAGAUGGAGGUGGCAAAGAGUUUUAUGAAUUCCAGCCUCUCCCCACACUGCUGGAGGAUGAGAGGUCCGUCAUAAUCCGACCCUCACCAUCGAUCUGGCAGCACACAUCCAGGAAAUCCAAGCAGGUCCGGCUUUUCUUGAAGGAAAACGUGUCCUUGGCUGAUAUUCUGUCACUACGAGAUAACUGUCUCACGGAGCAGGAUAUUUGGGCAAUCUGCCUGGAAUGCUGCUACUCCAUGAAGGACAUCUCUCAUGCGGCCAUCUUCCAGACGCUGUGCAUUACUCCAGACACACUGGCAUUUAACACCAGCGGCAACGUCUGCUUCAUGGAGCAGCUUAGUGAUGAUCCUGAAGGGGCCUUUGUACCUCCAGAGUUUGAUCUGACUGGUAACACUAUUGAGGGCCAUAUAUAUUCUCUGGGUGCAACACUGAAAGCGGCCAUAGAAUUUGUAGUCGACCCAGAUUCGGAGACAGAAUUUUGCCAAGAUUUAAGUUCCUUGCUGGAUUCUAUGCAACAGGAAAACCCGGCCGACAGACCGGACAUUGAGAGCAUUAUAUCCCUGUGUGAGGAAAAGAUUAAUUGCUCCUCCUCAUCCGUUUGUCGAAGCCUUUCAUCCAUCGGCAGAAGAGUGCUCUCCAUAGAGUCAGUCACCGCUUUCCAAGAUGGCUGGGAAAGUCUGUGGAAGGGCGUCAACAAAAAGGACAAUUGUAUGAAAGUUCCCACAACAGAGAAAGCUCCUAGCCGUAUCUCGACCAUACCAGAAAACUGCUCGGUCAGUCUUACCGGCUUCAGCCUCAGCUCUAACUCUGUGCAAGAAGAAGAGCAUCAGAAUGGAUGGCGAGAGGUGGAGUUCAAACUGGAGAAGCCAUGUUCUCCUCCAAACUCGUUUGGACAUCAUCUCAAGAAAAAUAAACGGGAGAGGAGCAAGUCUUCUUCACCCGAAAAGUUUGAGGGCUUUGAAAGGGCAAAGGUUGAAGAUGAAAUGGCAAAGCUCUCUUUAAAAAGACACAGAAGAAAUAAACACUCUUCUUUGGUUAAUAAUGUCGAAAAACGGUCUCUUUCCCAAUCUCCACCCGGUGUAGGACUGGUCACCUUAAAGAGUUGGCCAUCUGUACCUAGCUGUUUAUCACCGAACGAAGAGCAAGAUUCAGGAGAUGGACAUGGAAACCAGACGAGUCUGCCUGUGCCAAACCAUACAAACUGUGUAUCCCCUCUUGGACAGUCUAAGUGCCAUUCUCAGAUUUCUUAUGAAAAUCUAGUAACAGCUCUCGAACAAGAAAACCAGCACUUUUUCGGUACAGACAGAAAUGCAAUUUCUAAAAAAUAUACAACGGUUGAAGAUCCUGUUCUAGACUCUAUCAGGUUGAAUAUAAAACAACACAAUACAGCCAAGGAAACGUUUGGAUCUGCGCCGAUUUAUCGAGAGGAUGUUUUAUCUAUGUCAAGACACCUUAACAGCCCGGAAACAGAUCCUGACUUCUGUGACGGAUAUGAAUCGAUUGCUGUAAAUGAGAACCAGCGGUGGGUUUCCUUGAAAGAAAUGUUGCUAAACUAUGGAAAGCCCUUACAAGAAGACGAGCUGUGGGCGCUGUGCUACGAGUGCUUAUAUACUCUACAGACGUACGUGGAUUAUCCAGCCAUUCUGAGUCUGGAGUCGGUGUUCAUUGACCAGUGUGGAGAAGUCCUCUUUGUUACUCAUCAGAAUGAAGAGCCUUAUGAUGCGUUUUGCGUACCACCUGAACAUGACCCUGAUGGUGAUGGAUCUGGGACAGAAAAGACUUGUGUAUAUGGCAUUGCAGCCAUUUUAUGGUCAGCAGCCAAGUUCAAUUACGUGGCGAAUCACAAGCUAACGCUGCCCAAAAAGCUGAAAUGGUUCCUUCUACAGAUGGCUAAAAGGGAUUCUGAUGAAAGGCCAAGUUUAGCUGAAGCUUUGCAGGUCUGCAGGAAAUAUCUGGAGCAGAAGAAUUUAGACAGUAAAGCAAUGUGGACAGGUUUAAUCAGCCUAAUGGAUCAGAAUGUGCAAAGCUCCUUAUAUCCUGAAGAGGACAGUCAUCAGGUGUCGGGGUCCACAGCUGGAUUUGUUCCAGUCACAACCCAUAAAAAGCUGACGGCGGUGAAAGGACCCGUCCCGUUGAAGGACCAACCUGUUAAUCUGCCUGCUGCGUAUACGUCUCCAGCCACGUAUUUUAAACCUAUUGUGAUUAUGCAAAACACAGACAUCAACAGUAAUAAAAUACCGAGCCCAUCACCUUACCCUAAGCCACAGGUGAGUCCAGGAGACAUGGACCACAUAGAAGAGAACAUCUCUGUAACGGAAAUGGAGAACCACGUGGAGGAAGAUAAAACGAGCCAACUACUAAAAUCUGGCAGCAGAACCAAAGUCUCUUUUAAAACGGACUUUAAUGUUUUGGACUAUGAUCGGAAAGAGAAAAGCCCCUCAGCGUUGUCUUCGGUGUCCUCGAACUCCUCCACCCUGACCAGCAGCCCCAUUGUAAAUAAUUAUUUAUUAAAGCAGGAUCCCAAAACUGGGAAUCUGACGCUUGUCCGUGUGCAGCUCAGUAUUCCAGAACAUAUCCUAAGUGUAUCCCUGGAAGCUGAGCCUGCAUCCCAGACCAUUAAGUCUUCCCCCGUGCACCCUCCUGCAACUUUUACAAAUACCAAUGUGGUUAGUAAUGACCAUGAGUCCUCCAGAACCCCUCCAACAGCCUCAUCUGACAAAUGUAAAGAAACCCAAGGGUCACCUACUAUGAAUGGCGUACUUGGCAACAAUUGUGAAAAGAAACAAGACUCCCCCUCCAGUAACACCUCACAUGAGACUUUAGUUAAUGGAGAAUCUCCAUCUAGAAGGAAUGUAUGCACUCCCCUGCAGAAAGUGGUCAACCUCUUACAGGAGGAAUUUGCAUUUGAUGGUUACUUAGAAAAUGGGGUGGAAGACAUUGCAAUGGGUGAAUACAUCUUUGCCCUGAAGGGUCUUCAGCAUACAACCUUCUGCAGCGCGAUAUGUGAGAAGUUCUGUGACCUCUAUUGGGAUGACCAUCUACUGGAAAACCUGUACAAGAUAAUCAACAACAAAUCCCCUCCACCCGUCAGAAAAACCGUGACCGAUUCUUCUCUGAACAAUAAUCCUACUCAACUUUUAAAGAAGAUUCAGAGAAAAACUCAUAAGAAGCAGACAAGACCGACAACCAACGAACAGAGUGUCCUAUCAGAUGGUGAAGAAGCCAUGGCCAGCACCACGCAUGUUGCUGCAGAGCAGGAUUCGCCACCGAAGUCUCACUAUUCUCUGUCACCUGAGGACAUAGACACUACGAUGGAAACAAAGCCACCAGGACCAGAGACGCAGGUGGCGGCCGGCAGAGGCAGUCGCCCUUCUUACGAUGAGACAGACAUGACUGAUUCGCCAUCGCACAUGAUGGAUAAGCAUCAGCAGCCUCGUGCCCCCAGAACGCAGGCGGGAAGCGAAGAGAACUGCGAGUACAGAGCCUUCCCCGACUGUAACAGCUUAUGUGUCAGCCCGGACUACAGCGAAGAGAAUGAAGAAGUGAAGCAACGCGAAAGCAUGUCCAUCUGCCCGUCUGAAGUCUACAAGUGCAGCUCAGGGUGGUCCAGCGCUUUCUAUGGGGCAGAGAUGUUCGACCCUGAUGUCCAGCACUAUGUGACUAUACUCGGGCGGCAAAAAGAGAAGUCUUCGAAGAGUAUGGAGGCCAAGAGGCUGGAACUUGAACAGCAGCUUAUGAUCGAAACGAAAAAUUACAGGAAAACUGUGAAACUUUACCAGAAUCUGAUGCUGAAGGGGAAGAGGAGUAAAGGCUCUGAUGUGAAAGAAUUGUUACCCAAACUUAAAGGUCAUUUGGAAGAAAUGAAAUCAAAGGUGCAGUUUCUUGAACUGGCCAAAAAAUUACUGCAGGUUUCUUACGCCGAACAAUGGGGGCUGGAGUCUCGGGAGCUCCCAACAGUGGCUAACCUUGCAUCUCUGAGCUCCUCUGAAAAUGAUGCCUUUGUGCUCAUGUAUAAUGAGAAAGGUCAUAAGCGAGACCACACAUCAAAGAACCUCCAAGCUGGGACCCCUCUGGGGCUGCUGGUGCACCUCUACUCCAGAAAUGCUGUGGUGGACGGCUACGUUCAGCAGUUCUUCUACGCCUUCCGUUAUGUCUGUUCCCAGGAGGAUCUUCUGCGGUUCCUUGUCGACAGGAUUAACAACACUUUGCCAAGGGAUGAUAUGGACCCCUCUUCUAUGGAUGCCAAAAUGUAUCAUCGGUCACUUGUGCUGCUACAAUCCUGGAUUGAAGAAUGCUGGCACAUCGACUUCUCCAUGAACCCAGAUCUUCUAGACAAGCUCGAAGACUUAAGUAAUUCCCAGAUUCUUCCAAAAGACGAGCGUGAUGAAUACCUGGUGUCCCUGCUGCAGGAGCUCUGCUGUAAGAAGUACACAAUCUCCUCCCCCACCUCGAGUUCUGAGAAGAAGGAGGACACCAAAUCAUUGCACUCGCUCUGCACUAAGUUCUCCGAGGACAAUGUUUCUAGAAAGAGCUUUAACUGGAGACUCUCCAAAGGAAAUGGGCUCCAUCUACCUCAUCACAGGGACAAACAGUACACCAUAUCUGCAGCUUUGCCUCGGCCGUGCUACCCUGGCCUUGUAGAAGACCUGUCCUCCUACUAUAUCAAGGGGGAGGACUGUGGAACAUACUCUAUCCACGAGUGCAGCGUUCAGCAAAUUGCCACUCAACUGACUUUACUCCAAGAGGAAAUGUUUCAGAAGUGCCACCCUGUCAACUUCUUGAACUCAAGGGCAAUAGGAGUUAAGGACAAAUCCAGCAAUGUUCCGAAGACAUUUUCCAUGGAGCCUCUUCCUGUUGAGGUUUGCAGUCUUUUCUCGUCUAACUGCGUCCAGGACAAGUAUCUGCUGCACAUGUUACGAUUUACAGACAAUGUCAGUACAUGGGUGGCAGCGGAGAUUGUCACGUGCCACACAUCCAAGUUACAGACCAGCAUCCUGACUAAAUUUCUUCUUGUUGCCAAAUUAUGCUACGAACAACGAGACUUUGCAACCGCUGUUCAGAUACUCGGGGGACUUGAAAACCUUAUAGUGCGGCAGCUGCCGGCUUGGAAGAAUUUACCUACAAAGGUGGCAGAAAUUCUGGAGGAACUCAAAGCCGUGGAGGUGUUUCUAAAGAGUGACAGCUUGUGUCUGAUGAAAGGAGACCGAUUCAGAACAUUACCCACAAUUCCUUCUGCAUACCUCUUAGCAAUGCACAUUCAGCAGCUCGAGACUGGGGGCUUUACAAUGGCCAAUGGAGCAUUUAAGUGGAAUAAGCUAAGGAAUAUUGCCAAAGUAGUGAGCCAAGUUCACGCAUUUCAAGAAAUCCCAUACUCCUUUACUCCAGAUCCAGAUUUGCAGUUUUACCUCCGCCAACGCAUUUCUCAUUUCAACGAUGCAGAUAUCUCUGUCCUGGCAGCUGACAACAACGCCAAUUUCCAUCAUGUAAACUCCGAGAAACAUUCUCGUAAGAUACAGGAUACACUACGUAGGAUGAAGGCAACAUUUCAGUGAAAGCCAUAGAUAUUACUGUAGCGGCACAUUUGUAUCCCGUCCAAAGAACCAAAGAGUAAACCAAGAACUGCACAAGGUUCUGGGUGAUGGACGGGACAACAUGGUGGCUUUUGGAUUGGGAAUAGUAGCAUUUGGGGGGACACAAAUAUUCACAAAGGGCUCAUCUGUUUCAGUAAUGUAGGUUCUCUGUUUUGGACUGUUAUUGGUUUAAAUGCUUUCCUGCUUCUGCAUCGGUGACCAUGUCACUAUGUCUUGCACAAAUAUCCAUGCAGAUCUGUACUUAUUUUUGUAUAUAGCAGUUGAAUAUGUCUUUUUGUUUCGGAUAAUGGCCAGACUUAUUUUUUUUUACUUCUGCUUGAAAAAUAAUGACUGGUACAUGAUGACGAUGUAGCAUUGUUGGUUACCUAUGUCCCUUGAGCGUUAGAAUAUUCUGGCUAUGGUUAUGGAUUGGAAUUGGUUUUUAUGCACAUCAGGCCUUAUGCACAUGACCGUAUUAUUGUACCUCAUCUGAUCCAUAUUUUUUGCUGAUCGGAUGCAGAUCCCUUUUCAGUGGGGCCUCAAAAAGUGCGGACAGCACACCAUGUACUGUCCACAUCCAUGUGUCAGGGCCGCAAACAAUUAUACAACAUGUCCUGUACUUGUCCAUUUUGCUGAGGGAGAAAGAAAAUGGCUGCAUGCAUACGGCCGCUAUCCAUGUUUUGCGGACCCGCUGUUUGAGGACCGCAAAACGUAUAUGUUCGUGUGCAUGAGGCUUAAUCCAAAGUUAUAAGAGCCUUCGAAAAAUUGAACGGAAAGUAAUAACAGUAUUAUAAAAUAAAAUGAUGGGUCAAUGAGAAUAAAAAAAAGUAACACAUUCUAAAGUACCUCCAGCGAUACAUUUAGAAACCGCGUAGGAUUUGCACCUGUUUGCUCCAUUCAUUUCUGUAAGGGGCAGAGUAGGAAGAGACUUGAGUUACUGCAGCCCUUUACUCCCUCCCUGCCGAUUGGCAAGACUUCUGAGGCACAAAUAGCUGACCUUUGAAGGGACUAUGUACUGUACGUCCCAUGAGGAUCUAAGAUUACUGCUUUGACUUUUCAUAGGACUUACACUUUAAUCAUCAUGUGGAAAAUAAUUUGAACUGGUAUAGUCCUUGCUUUGCACUAAUUUAUUAUGAAAUUCCACUUCUUGAUACUGUUAUUGUUCAUCUUUAUGAUGGCUCAGCCAGCCUUUGCAAACCUAUGUUGACCAAACCAGAUAACUAUCUCUCAUGUUUAUGGAGCCUUCCAACGUUUGAUUUUGAGCGAGAUAAGGAUCAGGCAUGUUGAAUUUCAACUGCCUAAUCCUUUUGUUCUCAGGAGAUAAGCAGCUGCCUGAGGUGUCUGGCAACGGCUUUCUCCCCUCUUCCUAUUCAUUACAUAUGCACAUUUGACCAAGUUGAGCAUGCUUAUGUAUGGAAAGACCAGGAGAGCUAGCUGCCCGCUGCCUGUUAAGUGUAUGUCCUGGUCAAGAAUGAUCUCUAGGUGAAGUUUCUGUAUUGUGUCGUCAGAUGGGUUUGUUGAUGAAGAAAUCAAUAAUCCCUAUGACUGCUACAUUUUACAGGAGGUUUAGGUCUGUGGUACACUCUAGGUACACCAUAGUUUUGCAAAGGCAUAUGAUUGUGUACUGUAGUGUACUGUACGUCCUAAAACUCUGUUGAAACAUUUAUGCAUCUAACAUAUAAAUUAUUUUGAAGCAAUUUGUGUCUAAAUCAAUUCGUAUUUCCUAAUUAUUAAAAGAAAAUCAAAGAUCAGACCCUAAACCUAAUAUACAGGCUUUCAUAAGAGUCACUAGUGACAUUAAAGGGGUUCUCCUCAGGAGUAGGUCAUCAAUUUGAGAUUGGUGGCAGUCCGACUCCUGGCACCUCCUCCGAUCAGCUGUUUUAGGAAACUGCAUGGCUCACCAGACCCUUGGGUGGAGUUGGAAACCUGGGAUAGCUUUUCUAGAUAAGUGUUAGGUAUAUAUGCUAUGCGUGUUAAUCUCAAGGGUAGGUUCGCACAAAGUUUUUUGGAAGAAGUUUUGGGGCAGAUUUGCCUGCAGGCUUUUCAGCCAAAGACAGAAGUGGAUCCAACAGAAAGGAGAAAUCCUUUGAAUCUACUUUGGCUGAAAAACCUGCAGGAAAAUCUGCCUUAAAACAUCCUUCAAAAACCCAGUGAGAACCUACCCUAAGGGGACAAGCUAAGUGGAGAUCCCAGCUGCUGGCCCGUACUUGACGUUUUGGACAAUGUCUCCAAUAUAUAGAAAUCGCUACAGUAAGUAAGAAUCUAGUAAAACCUCUUUGAGACAAGUCCAUGGACAUGGAUUUGCAUGGACGCGGCAGGAAACUUUAAAACUUUCUGCAUAAUUUUAGGACACUUUAGGCGAUUAGAUGAAUGUUGGCUGAAGAUCUGAUGAUUUCAUCUAAUGGGUGUGAGGGCAUCCAGUCUCUUCUCGAAUUUGAGAACAUUAUUAUGCACUAUUGAAUAUUUUGAUGCUCAUAGCCUCAUGAUAUCUCGUCUUACCGUGUGUGGCCAUCUUGGUAUUGACAGCAGCUGUACUGAUGGCAUUUUGAGUGGAUCCACAGGUUCUCCAGCCACAGAAUUACAUGAUCACAUCAAAUGUUUACUAAUUGUCUUCCAUGUUCAGACCGUGAUAAUUUUUUAUAAUGAUGGCUAUUCAACUUUUCUGGCCUAAAGAGACAGGAACAAAUUGCUGUACAAAGCAGCUGAGCACCAGACUCCUCGUAGGCGGUGCUAAAUAGUAUUAAGCAUAGGAUUGCCAAGGAGUGAAAACUUAUGACUCACCGGUUUUCAUGUUAUUUCUUACAACUGUUCUUGGCUUGUGCAUGUUUCUGGGGUUCUAUACUGAUAUCACAUAUACUGUAUAUUACAAUGUGUAGCCUGGACCAAGAGCAUAUACAUAGAAGAGAGGGGGCCCAAUAGGCAAGGUUUAAAAGAGGUCCACUAUUAAGAUGCCUGGAUUGGCACAGUUCCUUACCCUUUUUUUUUGCUAACUGUGCAAGGCUAAAAAGGAGGCUUUCACCCCUCAACAGCAAAACGGAGGAAUUGCUGGGGCUGGACCCCCUCUCUCCAAAGGCCUCCUAGCAGCUGCAUGGUCUGCCUUUAUGGAAUAUAUACCUGUACCCUGGGCAUGAACUCAUAUAGCCUAUAAGAUCCAUUGUUGUCUGUACGUAUAGACUCUGCAAAUAGGAAUAUGCAUCCUCCGCACUCUACAAAGAAAUACUUGAGCCGGAUAAGACUUCAGAACAGUAAAAGGCAGAAUCUUAUUGGCAUGUUCUAUUCCAAAUUUACCUUUUCCUUGGUAUCCUACAUGUGAUAUGCCAUAAAGAAAAAGCCAUACCUGUUCUGACACACCAACAAAAAAAAGUAAUACGACGUAAAAUGAAAUAAAAAAUAUAUAUUUUUUGUAUAAUAGACAACUGGCCUGGAAUAAUUAUAUCUGGAUGUGAAUGGGUUGAGGAGAGAUUGCCUAAACCAUCCAAUGGACAAUGACGAGCAUGUUUCUUAAUAUUUUGGUACUAAAGUCAAAUCGAUUAUUUUUUUGCUUGAGAUCAGCAUGAGGUAAUGCGUAACUUUCAGAAAUAUUUUUGUCUUAUUGAAACCGAGGUCUGUGAAAGGGUUAAAAAGGAUUGCUCUGAGAGUAUGUGUAGUAUAAAAGGCCGCUGUAUCGGGCCGGGUCGGGCACCUUCCAUGAUGAUGAUUAUUAUUAAUGUUAUAUUAUUUUUGUAUGAUUUUGUUACCCAUGCGUAAUGUGUACAGCGCUUUCUAGUCCUUGUGUUGCUGCCUCCUUUUUAACCCCUGGUCUGUACUUCUCUUGUAUGUAUGAUCCUUUUGCUCAGUAUUAUGUGUUGAAAAGAAACUAAAAUAAAUCUCUCCUGCAAUGGAUUUGGUUAUUGUUCAGUUUCCCUGAUGUAAUGCUGAUUUCUUGUGUCUGAUCUGUGUAUUUGUAUAAUAAAUGCGUCUCACUUGUUUAAUGUUAGAUGUUGGUCUUUGCAUUUUCACGCUUCUGUGCUUGUCUAUAAUGUUUUUAUUUUUUUAAAUACACCUUUAGUUGAAUGGGUUAUCCUACAAAU